AUGGAGCCGGACGCCGACGAGGACUACAUGGGCGACCUCUCCCGCUUCCUUCCGCCGAGUCCGUCCUCCUCUUCCCCGCCGAAGAAUCUCGGGCGCCGGAAGCAGCCAUCCACGCAGGCGCAGGCGAAGCGCGGGAAGGGUGUGCCGUGGCAGGAGCGGCGGCGGCAGGAGCGCGAGCGGAAGCAGCGGGAAGAGGACGCCCGCACGAUGGCGGGGCUCGCGGAAGCCAUCCCGGAGAGCAACGUAGGGUUUAGGAUGCUGAAGCAGAUGGGGUACGAUCCCGAGUCCCGCGGCGCCGCCGCCGAGCCGGUCGGCAUCGAGAUCCGCCGCUCGCGGGCGGGGCUCGGGGCGGAGGAGCCCGCGUUGGCGCCGGCGCCGGCGCUUGCGCCGGUGGAGAAGUCGCGGGAGGUGGUGGAGCGGGAGCGGAGGCAGCAGGAGGAGAUGGCGGUAGAGCUAAGGGCGCGGAAGAGCACGCAGUGGAAGGGCAGGAGGGUGGUUUGGGACUACCGCAAGGCCGAGAGGGCGCUCGCGCAGCUGGAGAACCGGGAGGUGGAGCCACCGGCACCGGAGGGGGUGGAGAAGGAGAAAGGGGCAGAGGAGGAAGAGGAGGUGAUCACUGAAGAGGAUUUGCAGAACAUACUGUCUAAGUUGCGUGACCAGUACCAGUAUUGCCUUUAUUGUGGAUGCAAGAAGCGCUGGCAAAGGAAUGCCCCGGCCCUGAUGAGGAUGACCAUUGAUUUGUUGUGUGAAGGUGACAAAGAAUUGUCUUUGAUACAAACAGUCUGGAAAGAUGGGAGUGGAAUGGAAAGCCACAAGGAGCGUCUGCAUAUGAUAUGCUAUGCAGCAAAACUGGAGCGUAGCUACAUCUUCGGAGUCCCUCAUCAAGGCACAAAGGCACUUAAGAGCCAGAAGAGAAAUGUUGCCAGUGGUCAACAAGCAAACUGUGAUUUUGACCUGUGA